UGAGGGGGCGGGCCCGUACGCCGAUUCCAUAUGGGCGCCGGCGCGGAGCGCCGCGGGGCAGCGCAGGGUAGCCAUGGCGGAGCUGCAGCAGCUGCGGGUGCAGGAGGCGGUGGACUCCAUGGUGAAGAGUCUGGAAAGAGAGAACAUCCGGAAGAUGCAGGGUCUCAUGUUCCGAUGCAGCGCCAGCUGUUGUGAGGACAGCCAGGCCUCCAUGAAGCAGGUGCACCAGUGCAUCGAGCGCUGCCAUGUGCCUUUGGCUCAAGCCCAGGCUUUGGUCACCAGUGAGUUGGAGAAGUUCCAGGACCGCCUGGCCCGGUGCACCAUGCAUUGCAACGACAAAGCCAAAGAUUCAAUAGAUGCUGGGAGUAAGGAGCUUCAGGUGAAGCAGCAGCUGGACAGUUGUGUGACCAAGUGUGUGGAUGACCACAUGCACCUCAUCCCAACUAUGACCAAAAAGAUGAAGGAGGCUCUCUUAUCCAUUGGGAAAUAAAAGUCUUUGCCAGUGGCCAUUGGGGCUAAGGGCAAGAAUAUAUUUUUUAUAAGGAAUUGGGAACUUUAGUCUUUUAAGCAAGGUUUACAAAUGAAGAAAUGAAGGAUGGCCACAAGUGUAAGGCAUAUGUCACUUGCCUCUGGACACUGGUUAUUUUAUGUUUCAGUCCUAAAAAAAAUGAAAUGGAAAAAAGUGGUGCUAAAUCGGGUCAGAGAGAUUACAGGAGAGUUUUAGAGCUUAUUAUUUCCUGUGGCCAGCGCUUGUCCUGGCAAUAAGGCUCUCCCCUGUAACAAGCCAGAGCCUUCCAAGGUACCAGACUCUUCUUACUGCACAGGUACUAACAGGCUGGCAGGUUAGAGUUGGUGGAGUCUGAGGAGACAUAUUUUCUCUUUGUUGCCAACCUCCUGUUUACCAGAAGUGUCACCACACCAUUUUCCAUAAGCUGUGAAACAAAAUCAAUGAGGUCACUAACUUAGAAGGGAAAGAAAGUUUUCUGGGUCUUUGUUUUGUUGGUUUUGGGUAAUUUAUACAAGGACAUACAAGUUGAUCUUAAGAUGUGGAAUUGGGAGGGAGACUAGUUUGGAUAAGAACUUUGAAAGGUUCCUUGUGGAUCCCCAUUUCUGGUCAUCAAGAUGUGGAUGUAUGUUUCUUAAAAUUAUUACAUGCUGCAUUUUUCAGCCUGGAGACCAUGCAGAAACAUGAGAGGUGAUGACACACUAAUUAUGGGAAGCAGAAUUACUGGCUGAUGGCCCCUGAGGCUGUGUAUAGCAAAAUGACAGGACAAUCUUGCAGUAACACUUUUCCCUUGAAGAGAAGGGGGUUUUGAUUUUGAUAUAUACUAGUAUCUAGGAAUGAACAGUAAAAGAGGAGCAGUUGGCUACUUGAUUAUAACAGAGUAAUGAAGUACUGGAUUUGGAAAAACCUGGUUUUAUUAGAACAGAUGGAAUGAAAGCCUAAACCUAGCAUUGCCUACUUAGCCCCCUGAAUUAACAGAGCCCAAUUAAGACAAACCCCUGACAACAGGAAUUCAAGAGAGAAAAAGUAAGCAACUUGGGCUAGGAUGAGCUGACUCCCUUAGAGCAAAGGAGGGGCAGCCCCCAUUACCAAAUACUAUUUUUGCCUGGGGCUUGUGCAGCUGGCAGUGUUCCUGCCCUGGCAUGCAACUUAUUGUUUUGAUAGCAACUUCGUUGUAUUUUCACCAACUUAUUACUUGAAAUUAUAGCCUGUCCAUUUGCUGUUUCUAGGCUGUGACAUAUUUUCUUAGUGGUUUGGUUUUAAAAAUAAAUAAAGUUUAAUUUUCUCCCCA